AGACCAGACUGAUACGCCAUUUAUUUUGAAAUUUGUGAUCGGAAGUGCAUCUUUCUGCUAGAGUGAAUGACAUUGGCCAACUUCAAAGAUGGCAUCCUCUGUAUUACUGGUAUUGCUUUUACUCCAGUUUGAACUUGGACAAAGCUCUCAGAAACAUCUGCAUGAAGAUCAUUAUAUUGGCCAACAGCACAACCCUGAACACGACAUGAAUGUCCUGCUGGGAGAUGAGGACACCGGGGAGCUAAAAAAACUCAGCCCAGCAGAACAGAGAAAAAAGAUUAUGGAGAUUGUAAAGAAAAUAGAUACAAAUGCUGACAAUCUACUGAGUGCAGAAGAGAUCACUUUGUGGAUUCAACAAGUCUACAGAAAAUAUGCCCUGGAUGAUGCAGAGGAGCGGUUCCCUGAAUAUGACACUGACAAAGACGGUGUUGUAACAUGGGAGGAAUACAACAUGGUUGCCUAUGGCCAGUUCUUUGAUUUUGAUGACGGUACUGUUUUGGAGGAUCCAGAGCAAGAGUCUCUCAGACACCUCCAUCUGAAGGAGAGGAGGCGUUUUGACUUUGCUGAUGUGGACGGCACACCUGGCCUUAAUGUGACAGAGUUUCUUGCCUUCAGCCACCCAUCUGAAGUGGAUCACAUGGCUGAUUUUGCCAUUGAAGAUGUGUUGAGUGAAUACGACACAGAUAAAGAUGAAUUCAUCAGUCUGAGCGAAUUUAUUGGCGAUGUUCGCGGUGAUGAGGAUUCCCCUUCACAAUGGGAAAUAGAAGAAACAGUGCGAUUUAAAGACCUCUAUGACCAAGACAAGGAUGGAAAGUUGAAUCGAGAAGAGCAGCUACGCUGGGUUGCGCCUAACAGCUACGGCUCUUCACCUCAUCAAGGAAAUGGACCAGGAUGGAGAUGGGCAGAUCUCAGAGGCUGA